GACCACCGGCCGCAGAUCACCGCCCCAGCUGUCCACCGUCGCCCCCUCCCCUGCACCAUGAUGCCAGCAGGCCCCAGCCAGGAUGCCCUCUUGUAUGCUCGGGCUGCAAGCCAUCUUCAGCUGGCCCUCGCCGAGCGCAACAGGCAGACCUGGGCCACUGGCGGUGCCGAGUCCGGCCCUCAGCAGAACCCGGCUUUGAUCCGCCAGCAUGUCGAGCACGCCCUUCGCUGUCUGUAUGCCAUCCUGGCCCAGUCGUUCUCUCGGCCUCUUGAUGGCAUUGGAGCUGCAGUCUUGGGUGCACCUACCGGCGAGCGCCACAGCGAGGAGGCCGUCUCCACUACAACCCCACAGAUCCAGGUCAGGACCCGAAUCCUGCUGGCCAAGACGCUGCUUGAAUACACCCAGAACCUCGACGAGGCUCUCGACCACCUGCACAAAGCCGUCAGCAUCUCCAAGAAGAUGGACUUGCGCCCCAUGGAGUUUUCUGCAAGAGAUCUCCAGUACCAGAUUGUGAUGUUCGGAAAGGGGAAUUCCGGCGCCGCAAAGAGCAUUCUCAAGUCCUUGCUAGACGACUCGCUCCGCCUGGGCUAUAUGAAGCAAUUCUACUCCACCACUAUACAGCUUGCCAACCAUUGUAUCAAAGUCGACGAUCCUGUCGGAUGCACCGCCGCUCUCUCACACGGCAUAGAAAUCGCACAGAGUCGAGCGGACCAUCAAGUGCAGGCGCUCUUGGUUAUCCUCAAAAUCCAAGCAACGCUGCUACUCUCUGGAUAUAUGCCGCAGCGGGCCGACGAGCUGCCGGUACAGUGCAUCUCAGAGAUUCUUACAGAAGCCAACGUGAGCGUCUUCGAGCCCAGGGUCGUAAUGGCCUUGCUCUGCCUCGAGACCCUCUUGCUUCUGCACAGCGAGCAAACCAAGCUGGCGCUCAGUGUUCUGGCCAAGCUGCACAAAUUCCUCGACUCGGCACUGCGGGCGGUGCGCGACGGCACCGGCACCAGCAUUUGGAACGAAGCCAUCCUGGAGAUCCCACUGCGUACGAAUGGCCCGGAACCGACCGAGAGCCUCAAAGUCCAUUUUGUGGACUUUGCCCGAAUGAAGGUGCUAGUCUACGCCUUGUCCGGAAUAGUUUCCAAGCUGCUGGAUCCAGGCCGAGCCAGGCAGCUCCUCCUCGAGGCACACAAGACCGUCAAUAAGGAGCUGUCAUCCCAGCCCAGAACUACCUGCAGCCACGGCGCGCUGUCAGAACACCUGUCAUGGCUGAUGCUUUCCGAGGGAAUCAUUCUGCAAAACCUCACCGAGAUCAGCCUCCAUCGCUGCGAGUUCUCUGAAGCGUACCGGAAUCUCAAGGCUGUCUCGAACUGGGCAAAGUUAUUUCCAGUGCUGUCAGAGCCAUUCCACGGCAUGAUAUGCCUGUACUGGGCCAUGUUCUACCAGUCCAUCGAGUAUACCGGCGAAGCGCUGAAAUGGUAUCAAAGCAUCGCAACGGCGAUGGGAAACGUCCAAGACGAUGUCGUCUUUGCCGCCAAAGUGAAUCAUGCCAUGAUUCUGCUUUGCAGAGGCGACAUGCGCGAGCAGGUAGCCGAUGUACUAUAUCAAUUGGAGUGCCUUCCGAACUUGACCGGCAUGCAGCGGUCUAUGCUAAGCUUAGCAAAAUCGCUCCUGGACAUCCAGGAAACCCAAACACAGAAAGCAAAAGUCCAUCUGUUCGAAGCUCUCAAGAUCUCGGAGCAGCUGUGCUCGUCUCAAGUCAAGUCGAUGAGCCUUGCUUUUCUCGGCCACGUAUUCAUCGAUACCGAGCCCCAGCAAUCAGAACGCAUGUUCAGGAUGGCAUAUAACCUUACACAGAAAGCACAAUCCAAGGGAAUGAUACCACACUGCGGGAAAAUGUGGUGCGUGCUGAGUGAGAGGCUAAUGGCCCAGCCAGCACUCUCUGCAGCCGAUGUGAAAUCCAGGGCCGACAAGCUGCAGAUGGAGGGCCAGCAGUAUCGGGCAGAGAUCGAAUCAAUCCAAGCCACACUCGUCAGGGAGCGUGAGAGCGCCCCUGCCGGAUGAGCCCGGCAGGCGCAAGCCAACAAACGACAACGACCCAGAUCUUGCACUCCACCAAUGACUGGACCCACAAAGCACUCAGCACAGCUGUGUAUACCAAUUUUUGUCAAUACAGCAUGUUCGAAACGAAA